AUGGAGCAGCCAAACAACAACACCAGCCCAUUCCCUUCCUCCACCCCAGCAACAACCACAACAUUCAGCGCCCGCCGCGCAGCACUCAACCCCGAGUUCGAAGCCAAACUGGCGCAGAUGUCUCAGCAGCUGGCCCCCCUGGUGCAGCUGACGACGGGGGCGGUGCACCCGGAUUUUCCCCGGAACCUGCUGGCCUUUUGGCUGCUGACUGACUCCCAGCUCGAGUCGCUGGCCCACUUCUACCACCAGCGCACUCCCGGUCCCUACACCGACCAGUACCCGUGCCCCGUCUCGUGGCCGCCUGGUUUAACGCUCGAGGAGAAGCGGCGCAAGCUGGGCAAGUUCAUCGGCCUGCGCGGCUGUGACACGCCGCUUGCGGAGAUUGUGGGCCAUGAGGUGGGUAGUAUGAUCGCGAGGAGUGAGGAGGAGAUCCGUGAGGCUGCUCGCAUGGGGACGGAGAAUGGUGGGAAUAGUAGGCGGCAGAGGGUUAGUGAGGAGGAGGAGAUUAGACGGAAGAUGGGGUGGUAUUAA